CCGUGCGCCGAACGCUGGGGGGAGACGUAGGAAUGUGGGUUUUCAAGCCUGGGUCGCGAGAAUGGCUUGUCGCCAAGCCGAUUCCAGCGUGUGGAUCUGGCCUUUGCUGAUUGAAUUCCAUGCUACGAUCACACUGUACCAUCGUUCUCAGCACCGCGCGUCGUCCUUGCGUGAAGCCUUCACCAAAACGGGGGAAAUUUAGGGUCUAGACUGACCACGCGCGCCUCGAACAGGGGUUUUAGCAUCUUCCCCUGUUUGGUUCGUCUCGUAACGCCUCGGUCAUGAUGCAGAGGACUGGUGCUUGCUUGUCGAGAUUGCUCUACUUCUGGCCUUACUGUUGUUUAUGAAUCUGAGUGGAGGCCAAAGGAAUCUGCAAUAUCAGAAUGGGCUCAUUCAAACAAGAAGAAGAGACAGGAACCUUGCUGUAUUAUGCAAGUAAAGGCAACGUACCAAUAUUAAAGCAUAUGCUGGACAAUGGCACGUCAGUGGAUGCGGUAGAUUAUGACGGGCGAACUGCACUUCACCUUGCUGCUAGUGAAGGGCAUACGGCUGCUGUGAAGUUGCUGCUUGAAUAUGGCUCGAGCGUGAAUCCCUGCGACCGCUUUAAUGAAACUCCAUUAGCGAAUGCGCGCAGAUAUGGGUACGAAGAGAUCUGCGAUUUACUAGUAGCGAGCGGUGGUUUUGUUAAGCCAAUAAGUACGCUUUCUGAGUAUGAAAUCGAUCCUGCGGAGUUGAGUUUGGAGAAAGCUCGAUCUGUUGGCAAGGGUGCCUUUGGGGAGAUCAAAAUUGUGAAAUGGCGUGGAACUGUAGUGGCAGCAAAGACCAUAUUGAGUCAUUUGACAUCAGAUCAGAAAAUAGUGAAAGAGUUUGUUGAUGAGCUGGCUCUCCUUUCAAGACUGCGGCAUCCAAACAUCAUGCAGUUUCUUGGUGCUGUAACCAAAACUCAACCCUUUAUUAUAGUAACCGAGUAUCUUCCAAAGGGAGAUUUACAUGAUUACCUUGAUCGGAAAGGAAAGCUCGAUGCAUUGACUGCUGUGAAAUUUGCCCUCGACAUCGCCAAGGGUAUGAAUUAUCUUCAUGAACACAAACCCGAUCCUAUCGUACAUCGUGAUCUAAAGCCCAGGAAUUUGUUGUUACAUGAAGCUGGAUAUCUCAAAGUGGCAGAUUUCGGACUUGGUAAGCUUCUAGAUGCUUCUGAGGCUACGAAGCAAUACUUAAUGACUGGAGAAACUGGAUCCUAUCGGUACAUGGCUCCGGAGGUGUUUCUACACAAAGCUUAUGAUAAGAGUGUGGAUGUGUUCUCUUUUGCUAUCAUUGUUCAUGAGUUAUUCGAAGGAGGCCCACAUUCGAAGUUUCAGGGGGCCAAAGACAUUGCUCAUUUUAGAGCGAAGGAAGGGAAGAGGCCAUCUUUCGUUGUAAAUACGUAUCCUUCUCGUAUGAAAGACUUGCUGAAGCAGUGUUGGCAUCAGGACCCCACGAAGCGGCCCAGCUUUGCAACUAUCAUCGUGCAUCUGGAGGGUAUUCUGCACCAAAUCCAGCACAAAAAAGGAGAUGGAUCGUUUAGGUUGUUCACCUGCAUAAGGCCCACAUCUUCGGAUCCCAACUCACCUAACGGCCCAGUGAUUGCACUGCCUUCAAAGAGUGCCGAUGAUAAAUCCCUUUCUAGAUAGGACCGUAGCCUGGCACCAAUGCAUUCGUGGCUCUAUUGUUGUAAGCUUUAGUUUGACCUGAUUGCUCCAAAAGGAUUUUACUGUUGAAUGCGGCAGCUCAAGGAGUUGUAACGCAAACCUAGCAAUCUGUAUGUGUCCUCUCAAGGUAGUUUCAUACUCUUGCUGGUCUGUAGGAUAUGAGUUGUAUGUGUUCUCUUGAGGUAGUUGGAUACUCUGCUUGGUCAGAGGCAACCAAAUCCUUGAUGAACACAACCUUACUUUGCUCGCCAACAGAUCGAAGAUGCUCUAGUAUUCCAGAUUUGUCAAAACUUUCUUAUACUGUUAUUCUCCCUUGAAUUUGAUGAAUGGCAAAGAUUGUUUUCCUGUUGUAACAGGAUCCCAAUAGAUUCUAAGUGUUCCCCUUUA